AUGGUCGGCCAGCCUAUCCAUCCACCUUCUUCGGUUACCCACUGCGGCACGGCAUGGUUCACACAUUCGCCCACCGUCGAUGGACAGCCCUCACCUCUGCUUCCCAACUUGGUGGUGAUCAGGUCCACUGUGCUUGAUGUCUACUACAUCAGUGUUGGCAUUGAUGAAAUUGCGGGGCACAAGCUUGAACUGGUGCGACAGUUCAGAUUGAAUGGGGUUGUGGAGAGCCUGGCAGUGUUGAAGAGCAGGGCAAAGAAAGGCCAGAGGGACGCUGUUGUGCUGGCUUUUAGAGAAGCCAAGGUUUCUGUGGUGAUUUGGGAUGAUGUCAACCACACCCUCAAGACCACGUCACUCCACUUCUUUGAGGGCGACCAUUCGCUCACCGUAGGCCGCAGUGUGUUUCCCUAUGGCCCCAGGGUGGCUGCUGACCCACAGGGCCGCUGUGCGUGCCUGCUGUCAUAUGCGAACCAGCUGGCACUGCUGCCUGCUAUGGACACAGAGCACAUUGAUGCAGGCCAUGACCAUGGCGCGAGCACAUCGGCAGCGACAGUUGGCAACAGCUACGUGCUGCACCUGGGGAAAAUGGGAAUCCAGGAGGUCAGAGACUUUGUUUUCCUUCAUGGCUAUAACGAACCUGUUAUCCUUAUCUUGCAUGAGCCAGAGCCCACAUGGCCUGCCAAGUACAGGGAGCGAAAAGACACCUGUUGGCUCACUGCAGUUUCCGUCAACCUUCAGUCAAGGAUCUACCCUGUGAUCUGGUCAGCAAAAGGACUACCCAGCGACGCCUAUAAAUUGGUGGCUGCUAGAAAGCAUGGAGCCUUGGUGUUGUGCCUAAAUCUGGUUGCUUACUACAGCCAGGGUACUUCGUUGGCAGUUGGUGUCAACCCCCUUGCCUUUGCUGGGGAGGUGCCUCAGCGAGUGGAGCUUGACCCAGCUGUGGAAGUGCCCAGCAUGACGGCCACCAAGCUGGCACGGGCCUAUGCAAACAAUGUGCAUCCUGAAUGCGCCCCUGCCAUUGGCAAGAACGCAACAAAAUCACCUGUGUUUGAUAUUGAAUUGGAUGCUGCACAGUGCAGCUGGCUCGAUCCCCAGUCACUCAUUGUGGCACUGAAGUCAGGUCAGCUCAUACUAUUGCAGCUCAUUAUGGAUGGGAACAACGUCAAGCAGCUCCAGGUCUCAAAAUGUGGCGGUGCACCAAUCGUGUCAUGCAUGUCAUCGAUAGGUGGUCGCAUGCUAUUCCUUGGCUCGCGAUUGGGUGACUCACUACUGGUGCAGUUCACAGAAGUUCCCUUGAAGAAGGACAGCCAAGCUGCAGGCAGGGCAACUGAGGAGGACAGUCUGGACAUGGACAUGGUGCCUGGCAUGGGCGAUGAAGAGGCAAUGGAAGGUAUUGUUGGAGAGGGGGGGCUGGAUUCUAUUGACGACGACUUGCAGAUUUUCUUGCCUGCUACAUCUGAUGUGCCCGAGAGUGGUGGUGGCUUGACGCAUUUUCAGCCACAUGUGACUGAUGUCCUGCAUGUCACGGGCCUUAUUCGGGACAUGACACUGGGGGUGCCACCAGAAUCAGGCGAGGGAUCAACACAGCACACCAGUGUUUCGCCUCAGCUGGUUGCCUGCGCAGGCUGGCGCAGGGGGGGGUGCUUGGCAGUAGUCCGCCAGGGCGUUGUUGCUGAGUGCAUAAUCGAAGUCCCCAUCGAAGAUGUCAGGGGUGUGUGGGCUCUGCAGUACAUGGAUGAAGAAGAAGGGGACAUGGCCAUCGCUACAAGGCACAUCACUGACUCAUACCUACUGGUAUCAUGCACAAACAUGACAAAGCUGCUGGAGGUCAGCGAGGAGAACAUGGAUGAGGUCAUAUCAGACUUUGUCAUGGAUCAGUUGACGAUCUUUGCAGGAAGCAUCUUCAGUGCCACUCGAACAGUGCAGGUGUACAGGAGCGGCCUUCGUGUUUGCAGCGGCCCUAAACUGUGGCAAGAAUUCACUGUGGAGCAACUCAUGUCGGUUACAGAUGCAGAACAAGCACAUACUCAUCUUGGGCUUGGGAGACCCCAAGUCCAGAAUAGCAUCAAAUCAGCCAGCUCUGCUGAUCCACUCCUGCUGGUCCUGAUGGACGAUGGCAGGGCCUGCCUAUUGGAGGGUGACACCAAGUCCAAACAACUCUCGAUAAACAGUUCGGCCGCAUACGCCCUCACAGAACUGCCAACUUUGGAUGUGGAGGAAGAAAUAACAGCAUGUGCACUGUAUGUUGACAAGUGCCUCUGGUUAUGCAAGGGAGUGGGUAACCAAAACUGGCCAGCCCCCAUAUACUGUGUCGUUUGUCGGAGGCGAGGUACACUGGAGAUCUAUAAUUUGCCACAUAUGCAUCGCAUCUUUGUUACGCCAUUCUUCCCAAUCGGGUGGCAUGUCGUGCAGCAUAAUCCAGCAGCGGGCAAGAAGCAGCAAAUGGAGUUGGAGGAAAAACUUGAAGAUGCACUACCUGCAGUGGUGGAGGUUCGAUUAGAGUCUUUCCCUCCACGCUACAGCCACUGCGAUGCUGCACUGUCAUCCGGGGUGGCCGUGUGCGGUGCCCCUAUCCUCUUUGCUCUCCUGGACGAUGGGUCCUUAUUUGUGUACCGGGCCUUCAGGCCACCAGGGCAACAGGUUGCGUUCAGCAGGGUGGAGGUGGAGUGCCCUGGGGUGGCUUCAGAGGCCAGCCCAGAGUAUGGUGAGGAGGGGGAAGAGGGAGCGACGGAUGGAACAGGCGCUGGGGAAGCCACACCAGGGGAAGGGGGCGAGGGGGAGGGCAUGCGUGACUCCCUGGAGGAAAUGGCGUUGCCACUAUCAGAGCAGUGCAGGAUGACACGAUUUGAUGGAGUCGGGGAGGAUAACCCCUGCAGCGGAGUGUUUAUCUCUGGUGUUUCACCUUUGUGGGUGGUGGUGCACCAAGGCGGAAUCGCCGUUCACAAGUUCCUGGUGGAUGGCACAGUGGCAGCAAUGACCCCCUUCAGCAACAUUAACUGCCCACAGGGUUUCAUUCUGGCGAUGGCAUCCAACAGGCUGAAGAUCUGUGUCCUUCACAGAGAGCGGCUGGACUGCCCCUGGCCCUGUUACAAGGUCACUAUGAGGUGCACACCCAACAAGAUAGCCUGGUACCCUGAUGCCCGACUGUACGCUGUCCUGUGCUCCAGGCUUGUGCCAUACAGGCCCCGGCCAGCAGAAGAAGGGGGCGGAGACACACAUUCUGCAGCUGCGUACGCUGUCGCUGACGAAGUAGCCAAGAAAAGGGAAUACGAAGAGGGCCAUGAGCUCCGGCUGAUGAUCCCUGGUUCCUGGACAACCCCGUGGCUGAUGCCUUUGGAACCUGAUGAAGCUGGGCUUGCUGUUCGAGCAGUUCACCUACGGGACCAGGACGACGGCUCCUUGCACCCAUUGAUCGCAGUUGGGACAUCCAUCAUGUUGGGCGAGGACUAUCCCAACAGUGGCCGCUGCAUUUUGCUUCAAGUCCAGAAACACAAGGAGAUCAGCUCUUCACAGGACGUCUCGGAGGAGAAGUGGGAAGGCAAGGUGGUGGGCUCUCAGGAAGUGAGGGGCAGUGUCAAUGCACUGGCGUGCCUGGAUGGCUGCCUGCUUGUGGGCGUUGGUGGGAGGCUGGAGCUUUGUGGAUGGAGGAAGGGAGGCAGCCUCACAAGGAUGGCGUUCUUUGAUGGACCCCUGUACAUCACCAGUCUUAAUGUCCUGAAGAGUUUUGUGCUGUUUGGUGAUGUGCACAAAGGCAUCCACUUUGUGUGGUACACGUCACCAUCAGGCGACUCGGCAGAUGUCCGUGAGCUUGUACUGCUGGGGAAAGACUUCAACCAUGCAGAUGUGUACUCAACUGAGUUUCUGCUGAACGGCUCGAAGUUGAGCUACCUCUUUGCGGAUGGCGGAAAGAACAUUGGGAUACAAUCCUACCGCAGGGACCAUCCGGACUGUUGGAAUGGACGGAGGCUGCUGAGCGAGGGCUGCAUCCACAUAGGGCACCACGUGGGCCGAAUGGUGCGCAUGAAGAUGUGCUGCCCGGAUGGCGUCAACAGGCAGGCCGCCCUGUAUGGCACCCUGGAUGGAGGCUUUGGGUACAUGGCGCCCAUUUGGGACGAUGAAAUGUUUGACAGACUGGUGCGGCUGCAGAAGCAGAUGGUGCUCCAGGCUCCGCACCAUGCAGGACUGAACCCUGCAGCAUUCAGGAUGCGGUACCGUUGUGUGCCCAAGUCCCUUGGAGGAGGUUCGCAGCACAUGAGGCCGCCGCCCCGCGACCGCAUCCUAGACGGAGACCUGCUGUGGGAGUAUUGGUACAUGGAUAGGUUGAAACAGCAGAAUCUGGCAGUGUCAAUUGGAUCCUCGCGGCAGCAAGUGGUGGAAGACCUCCAGAGCAUUGGCCUCGCAACGUCUUUCUUCUAA